AUGAAACUAAUAUUCAUUACGCUUUGUCUCUUAUCACUUGUCCAUACUAAACACUGUUCAUUAGUUGCAACUGCAAACCUUCACAUAGAUUCUGCUCAAGUUGGAAUCGGUACCCUUCUGUUUCAUCAACGUGAUCCAGCAUCUCCAGUUCGUAUUGUCGGUAUUAUAGAUGGUCUGAAGAGUAACACAGUUCACGGUUUUCAUGUUCACAGAGAUCCAUUGGUUACCGGUCAACUCAAUUGUACUGCUGCUGGUCCUCACUUCAACCCAUACAAUACUUUACACGGUCCACGUGAAGCUGAUAUAAAAAAUCGACACGUUGGUGAUCUCGGCAACCUUACAGCAAACGAAAAUGGUAUAAUCGUUGUGGAAAUAUCCGAUGCCAUCAUUGAUCUAUACAACGCGACACGAUCAAUCGCGAAUCGUACGAUUGUAUUACAUGCAAUACGAGAUGAUGGCGGUAAAGGUGGUUUUCCCGAUAGUAAUACAACAGGAAAUGCUGGUGCCCGUAUCGCAUGCGGUGUGAUUAGCGCAACAAUGGAAGAAUCAGAAGUGAAACCAUAUUCACCCAAAGUUGCGACCAUGAUUACCGACUUUUUACAAAAACUAUUUCUUUGA